CGUCUAAGCCCUAAAACGCAACACACACGAAUCACGAUUGUUAUUAUUUUUUUUAUUUUCAUCUCUUGCCUUUUUUAAAUUUAAUUUCAUUUUAUACAUUAUAUUAUUACGUUUUCUUCGCGAAUAUUUUUUUUCCAAACGCACACGGUGCACGCUCCGCGUUCCAUCAACGUCGACGCAACACUUGCCCCGACAGCCGCAGUCAACUGGCACGCGCAGACGGCUUCAUCGUCAUACGGUAUCAUCAUCAGGCAUCAGCGGCUACCCGUGUUUCCUCUGCUCGUACCUACACCUCUAACGAUAAUAAAAUAUUUUUAAUAACGUCCAGCUCCGUCACAUUUCGGCGUACCUUCUUCACGGCCAAUCCCACCGAACGCCGCCGUCCGUCCGUCGUACGUCACGUUCGCGGCACAGUCUUCCUACAACACGAGAUCUCUUAAAAAAACUUCUACCCGUGCAGUUGUGCCGUAAUAAUAAAUAAAUAUUUGUCAAUAUCACACACACACGCAUUAAGCCGACGACCGCCGCGGUAUCAUUUCUUUACCACCACCGCUGUGUGCGCGCGCGUGUGAUCAGUAACCGACCGACGGCAUCGAAACGGUGUGACGAGACGACCGAGGAGAAAAACCCCUCGUUAACAUCAUCGCCAUCAUCAGUAGCGGUCGCAGUCUCGCAAUGGACGAUCUGAAAGUCGAGGUGCUCUUCGAAAACGGCGCUUAUUAUGAGGGUGUCGUCAUGGGUGUUAUGGAUAGUGAAGUCUUAGUUUCUUUCCCAAAUGACUGGUAUCCCGAAACUAAAUUCAAUUGUGGCAAUGUACGUCUUCCUUUGGCUGAUAGUCAGUGUAGCACCGAUUUCACAGACAACCAAGAGGUAGAAGUAAAAACCACCAGAGAGCCUCAUCCAUGUUUAGGAUGGAUUAAAGCAGUAAUAAAAAUUAUCAGUGGAAAUCCUCCUACCCAAUUUGCUGUCCAGCAUCUCGAUAGUACGUACACAGAGAUAGUAACACCAGAUCGUCUGAGGUGCAGGAACACAAACCCACACAUUAAUGCCAACACUUUUUUUAAGUUUGACAUUGAUGUGCCUGAAGAUGUUAGGGAAUGUGCUAAGAUAGAUGGUAUCCAUAAAGAUCUACAAAAAGCAAUUGGUGCGUCGUUGGUCAUCUAUAAUGCUGACCAAUGUGUACUAAGCGUAAUAUCUCGUUCUCCCUUGACCAGUAAGCGAGCGCUGAUGCUAGCGGACAUGCAUUUUAGGAACCUUAAUCAAAAGGUGAUGUUGCUAAAAAAGACUGAGGAGUUGGCUAGGCAACUAGAAAGCUCCAAGCAACAAAUUACAUCAUCAUCUUAUACGGACGAGUUUAAGGUACGAGAUGAUUUAAUGGGAUUAGCUAUUGGUGCCCACGGUACUAACAUACAGCAAGCACGCAGGGUCGACGGAAUUACGAAUAUUGAACUAGACGAACACACGGGCAUCUUUAAAAUUUACGGAGAGAAUAAAGAAGCUGUUGUGAAAGCACGGGGGAUUUUGGAAUACAAAGAAGAAUUCUUACAAGUUCCAAGAGACUUUAUAGGAAAAGUUAUUGGUAAAAACGGUCGUAACAUACAGGAUAUUGUGGACAAAAGUGGAGUUAUCAGAGUAAAAAUUGAAGGUGACAAUGAACCUCAACCUACUAUUCCCCGUGAAGAGGGCCAAGUUCCUUUUGUCUUUGUUGGCACAGUUGAAAGCAUAUCAAAUGCUAAAGUUUUGCUUGAAUACCACCUAGAACACCUUAAAGAACUUGAACAAAUUAGGCAAGAAAAAAUGGGGAUGGAACAAGAAUUACGUAGCAUUCACAGUACUGGUCCAUCUUACCCUCAUCAAAUGAUACCAAACUAUACCAUGCAAAGGCGAAACGAUCGAAACUUUAAUAAUGAUACUGAAAGUAUGAAUAACGGAAUGGGAGGUAAUUCAAUGGGCAGAGGAAGUGGACGACCUAGAGGAACAACUAAUCGUGGUCGAGGCACAAGGCAUGACUUCUAUAACAACAGUAACAACAGAAACCAAAAUCAGGACGGAGUUGACGAUAGACUACCGCCUACAUCACAGCGAUCCAACCAAUAUCAGUAUAAUCGUCAAGGAGGUCAAGGUAACAACAUGGCUAGAGAACGUCGUGGUGGAGGUGCUGGUAACGGUAACUCUGCUCCUAGAGGUAAUAGAGGAGGUGGUACCAGACGAAUGGAAGAUAGAAGAAGGACAGCUGAUGAUGAACACACUGUACUUGACAGCGCUCAAGACAGUGGUGAUAGAGAGUCUGUAUCUAGUGUGGACGCGCAAGCACCAAAGUCCAAAAGCAGCCAAAAACGGAGAAAUCGCGCCAUAGCUGCUGCUCAAGGGGCCUAUGAUUUCAAUAACGACAGUAGUGCAACCAAUACAUCACAAACUAAUGCAACAAACAAUGGAAACACUAACAAUAAUAGCACAAAUAACGGAAACAGCAAACAGUCGAAAAACCAAAGGUCAAAAGGUCAACAGAAUAAGUCUCCGUCAAAGAACAAGUCUAAUAAUGCAACUCCGGCUGCUAACGGACAACAGGUGAUUGCAGUUAACGGAUCAUCAACAAUACCUGAUGCCGAUUCGACUUAAAACCUCUUUAAAUUUUAUGUAUUAUAAGUUAAAAACCAUCUAACAGAAACGUUUAUUCAAACAUGUUGUUUCUAAAAAAAAAAAAAAAAAUUAUAAUUAUUCUUGUGGUAUAAGAUAUCAAACCAUUAUUAAUAUUUCUUUUGAAAUGUUUCUAAAAGAACUUUAAUUAACAACAACAAAAGCGUCUUUAUAAUGUGUGGAAAAAUUUAAUUGUAAUAGAAUUAUUUUCUGCACUCUUGAUUUUUAUAUUUUUAUUUUUCAAUUUUGCCAUGUAAUAUAUUAAAAGAUUUAUUUGAAAUUCUACCUUC